UUCAGAAUAACACAAUGAGUCUAUGCACGGAGGGUGUUCAUUUGAAUUUGGUUCCAAUUAAACUUCUAAUUCUUAUUCAAAGCUUUGUUGAAGAAUUUGAAAUUGGAUGGAGGAGAUAUACUAACUAUAUAGAACCUAGAGCUUGGAGAGCAGUUGAUGUGACAAAUAAAUUGGAUGAGUCAACUUCUUUGUUCAAUCCCCUUUUUCGUGAGAAGUUCAUCAGAAAGUUUACACCUAUGUUGGGUGAUCUCUUGUCCUAUGCCAAAUCAGUUUCCCCAGUAUUCUGGUCUAUAUCUAGUAGAGGCACAGAAUUGCCUCAUUCUAUCAAAGGAAAGCUUGGAGGUCCAAGUCAGCGGCGAUUGGCUUCUCAUACAACAUCUGAUGUGCUACAAGCUACUGGUGCGGAACUUCAUCUGGCGGCAUAUGAAUCAUUAGUGUAUGUCUUCAAAGCAUUUUCCACUGCUUUUACUCCAUUGGUCAUUGAUUUUGUAUCAGCUUUCAACAUGUCACUACAAGCUGAUGAGGGGAACAAUCCUUUGCUGGAUCCUCUGGUUCAUAGUUUUAUGCAAAAUGUCAAUGAUCUCCUCACUGAAGGAAUUCUGACAAGAAGCCGACGAGCAGUUCUAAUGAAUUGGAAGUGGCUAUGUCUAGACUCUCUGCUGUCUAUCCCGGGUAAAAUAAUGGAAUAUGGAAGUGUAUUCAAGAAAUAUCCAUGCCUACUUUUCAGAUUCAACUCUUGCAGCUAUAUUUGCUGAUAUUGUUGGCAGCCUUGAGAAUGCUGGUGAGGGUUCAAUGUCGCCCAUGUUACGCUCUGUUAGAUUGGUAAUGGGAUUAAUAUCCUGUGGUAGGAUGAAUGAAAUCACCCAAUUUAGUUCUGGAGUGAACUAUCAGCUCAUAAUGCAAUUGGUACAAUCUUCCUUGAUUUUACACCUAAGCUGCAAUAAGCGAAGGGUGGCACCGAUAGCGGCACUUCUUUCUGCUAUCUUGCACCGAUCCGUCUUUAGUGUCUUGAGCAUGCAUAAAACAAUUGAUGGAGGGGAGGGCCCCUUAAAAUGGUUUAUCCGAAAACUCCUCGAUGAAGGCGUAAAAAGUCCGCGCACAAUUCGACUUGCAGCUUUACAUCUCACAGGCUUAUGGCUUGUAAAUCCCAAAACUAUUGAAUUUUACAUAGAAGAGUUGAAAUUACUUUCCCUAUAUGGCUCUGUGGCUUUUGACGAGGACUUUGAAGCUGAACUGACAGAAAAUUUGGAAGCAAGAAGUGAAGUUUCACUUCUAGCUCAAAGCCCAGAUCAAGAAUUGACAGAGGUAAUAGAAACUCUUCUCAUUGUCUUAUAA